AUGAGGUUAAAACCAUACAGAUACCUAAAGAUAAAACGGGCGAAGAAAGAGGACUCUGGCUUUUACACCUGUGUCGGGGUGAACGACUGCGGAAAAAAUCCCUAUGCAUUGCAGCUCUUAGUCAGAGAUGCUCCAAUAUUCACAGUGCCGCAAUACAAGAUGAGGCGCAACCUUCUUGCGUUACCCGUUGGCAACUCUGUAAAGCUGGAUUGUUCUGCCGAUGGAAACCCUCGUCCUACAGUAGAAUGGUACAAAGACAGAAAAUUGUUUAAGGAAAGGAAAGGUGGCAGGAAACUCUAUUUGAGUCAAUGGACAACCUUGUUGAGUCUGAAGGACUUGGUUCCCUCCGAUACUGGGUCAUACAUGUGUAUUGUGAGCAACUCGUAUGGAUGGAUUAAUCAUACCUACGAAUUAGAUGUUCAUGCUGAGCCUCAACUGAGGCAGUCGUCUCCUUCAAGGGUAGUUAAACCAGUGGGACAAGAUGAAGUGAAGCUGAUCUGUGACGUGAAGAAUGCUCAAAAUUAUACUUGGUAUAAGUUCGAUAGAAAGAUUCAUCUGCCCUCUCUUCGAUACUUUGUGAAAGCUCCGAGUUAUUUGCAAAUAACGGACGUUGUGAAAUCGGACAGUGGAACGUUUGUUUGCGUGGCUUCUAAUGAUUAUGGAAGAGUAAACUGUACAGUGAGGCUGAUUGUUGAAGAUCCAGCAAGUUCAUCUACAAAUGUCUCAGGAGCCAAGAAGCCCCAGUUUCUGUACCCAGACCGAAUGGCGAUGAUCAAUUCACAGUAUACGAGGGGAGAUAAGUUUCAACUAAUAUGUGACGCCAUAGGAACUCCAGUUCCGACGGUCACGUGGUACAAGGGUAAAUAUAUUUAUCUUGGGCAUGGAUCGGACGAGACGAUAACACCGGAGCGUUACGACUAUGUAAUAACUUUCAACAAGGUGGAUAUUAUGGAUAGAGGAAAUUACACAUGCGUUGUGAAAAACGCAUAUGGUCAUUUGACUCAUUCAUACGUCUUCGACGUUCAGGAGAAAAUUGAAAGUCCUCUUCUCUAUUUACAUAUUUGGAAACAGGAAGAAUCUAUUCAGUACGCUGGAACCGAUUUGCAGCUACACUGCGUUGCCUUGUCCAAGGAUAAUAAGACCAAAUUACGUUGGUAUUUUAGCAAUAGUACAAGCAACCCAAGCACUUUAAUAAACCGUACUUUGUUUGAAAGUCAUCAGAAGACAACAUCCAAUGGAGAUGGUUCGUGGCUAAUAUUCCAUGACCUGAAUUUGAAACAUAUUUCUGUGGCUGAUUCGGGUUCAUAUUCUUGCAAGGCUGAAAAUGUCGUUGGAAAUGUUGAACGUCAGACCUAUCUGAAUGUUACUACAAGUCGCAUUGCACCAUCUCAACCAGCCCCUUUUGGUUGCGACCUCAACAGAUCAAUGUGCAGUUCUAUGCCUUACAAGAUUGAUGAGUUCAGUUCGACGAAUGAACAUGGGAGCACUUUUUCUCCAGACAAGGAUCAUUCCUUUUAUUACAUUGGAAACGAAGAAAAGACUAGUGAUGUUCUUGUCCCUGGAAUUGUCUCAGCAUUCUGUUGGUGCCGUCAGUCCCUAACCAAGAAAUCCGUUCAUAAUCCAGUUUCAAAAGAUGAAUUUGAAUACGAUGCGUUCAUUAUUUUCAGCUCCCAGGACUCGGAUUGGGUGACUAAAACUCUGAUUCCAAUUCUUGAGGAAAAACACCAUUUUAAAUGCUGUGUACACUACAGAGAUUUCGUUCUUGGGGUACCUUUCCGUGAAAAUAUGGUCAACAGUGUUUACAAGUCGAGAAAAACAAUAGCUGUCGUGUCGAUUAACUUUUUCAAUAGCAAUUAUUGCGGUUCUGAAAUGGAUUACGCCCUUCAUCGACUUAUGGAAAGGAGAGAUGAUAGUUUAGUCGUCAUCAAACUUGAUGACGUUGACAGAGGAAAACUUCCAAAGGAGCUGCGAAAAAGAAGCUAUAUAGACUAUCAAAAGAAUGUUGAAAAAGAUCACUGGGAGAGAAAACUGGUCAAUUGUUUAAAGUACCCCAACGAUCUGUUUAAGGAAACAAUUUUGUAAUCAGUUCUUUAAUAAAUAAGAAGCUAAUUAAUUUUCUUUUUAUUACCGUUGUAUAUGCAGUCACUAACUCGAACCUUGGUGGUGUAUGAUUAACUAUAUAGGCAACAUUUUGGAUUUGUGGAGAACGAAUUUACUCUCUACUUUCCUUUCAAUUUCUUGUGCUUCCAAGAGAGGAAUCGCCUCCUUUAAUUCGCUCAGGCUUCCAAGUAUCAUGCAAUUUUGGAAUAAAACUUGAAAUAGUUUAUAAUUUGAAGUAUGUAUAAAGCAAUCAUAUAAGAAAAUCGAAUAGUAUCGUAUCGAAACAAGAGAAGAAGAGUGAAUGAGAACUUUGUGGUCACAUUGUCUAAUCACAACAUCUUGUGAGACCUUGAAAUUCCUUAUUUUCAUCAGUCUUGGAUUUCUGCACACCUCUUGCAAUUGAUUAACCAAUCUUGUGAGAAUUUUACCUUCGUAGCAUAGGAAAUAAAUACUUAUGGAUACCAACAGAUAUGUUUUCAUCAUACUUUGAGGUUUAAUAUGAACAAAUUGGAGCUCUUUGAUAAAUACUUAUCUCGUGAAUAAGAUUUUAAUGCGAAAUC